AUGUUCGAAGAGAGACGCGUAAUUGUAGUGGGAAUUGUUGGUAAAAAUACCGAACAAACGAGCAAAGCAGAUCCAAUCAAUCGUCUGCUUCAGCGACCCGUUUUCCAGCAGCAUGUCGCCUCGAACAACGGGAACACCAUUGCUUCGUGGCUCACCGAGUCGACCUACAAUUUGACGAUGUUCGAAGAGAGGCGCGUGAUUGUAGUGGGAAUUGUUGGUAAAAAUACCGAACAAACGAGCAAAGCAGAUCCAAUCAAUCGUCUACUUCAGCGACCCGUUUUUCAGCAGCAUGUCGCCUCGAACAACGGGAACGCCAUUGCUUCGAUUGAAGCAUUUUAUUCGCCAGAAAUGUCCACACUAUUUCUGCACCUUUCUGGAUAUGGCGAUAUGUGUUCACUGGAAUAUUUCUUAAACAAAAAUAGCACCAGCGAUGACAGAAAGGGUUUUUUUGAGAAUCUUUCGGACAUCGAAACUGAGCAUACGCGAUGUCUAGCAUUUUUGCUGGUCUAUUCGCAUGCGCUGUUGUUCGUGGAUCCGGGUUGUCGUUUCGAUCAGAGCUAUUGCCGCGCUCUGAAACAUGCCAACGAGUUGCGUAUUCGUCUACGUGAGCAAAUUUCGUCAAAAUUAGAAGCAGUAGAGGAUUUCCCGCAUGCAUGGGCUGUUGAGGGACGUUUGGCGCAACCACGUUUUCUGUUUGCAUUCCAUCGUCAUCUUCUGCGUGUGGAUUUAUCGUCCCUGCGAAGGGUUUGUUAA